AUGGCUGAAGAUGAAUGGCAAGAAACUACAUUAAAUCCAAAGAAAAGAGUUAGCGUCGAUAUUGCUGAUAUCAAUGAUAAACGAACAAAUAUAUUUUCUGAUAAAACAUUUAAAUUACUUGGAUUUUCCACUGAACAAAGAGAACCAAUAAGAGCAAUAAUUGAAGAUAAUGGAGGUGAAAUAUCAAACAAAAAAGAUGUUGACUUUGCUAUUAUGUCUGAAGAAUUUAAAGGUGCAUCAAAAAAGACUUAUGAAGAACGAGGAUGUGCUCGUUCAUUAAAAUGGUUAUGUCAAUGUAUUUAUUACAAUGAACUUAUUAUCCCCGAUGAAGAAGGAAAAUCUACAAAACGUAAUUCAUCUGACAUUCUUCUUCCUACUCCAUCACCAAAACGAACAAUAGACUUAUUCCCUGAUGAGUCAUUAAUUAAACCACCAAAUGAUGAAAGUUCAGGAAAUACAUUAUUAGAAGAUGGAGGUGAUACUCGAGAUAGUAGUUUUGAAGAUACUUCUGUUUUACAAGUGAAUGAUCACAUCAUAAAAUCACUUCCUAAUAUUUUUUCUUCUAUUACUAUAUAUUUUGGGAGAGAUAUUGACCAACAAAACCGAACAGAAUUACAACGAUAUUUUAUUGCAUAUGGUGGAAAUGUAUCAUUUUCAUUUAAUUCAAAAGUAACACAUUAUAUAACAAAUAACUCAACAGAUAAAGACAUAGUACAUUUAAUUUCUCCACAAUGUGAGAUUGUAUCACCUCAAUGGUUAUUUUUAAGUAUUAAUAGUAAAACUAUUCAACCAUUAAACAUAAUUAAUUAA